AUGCACCUACAGGGCUACCCGUGCCGCGUCUGCGGCCGCCGCUUCAACCAGUCCGGUCACUUGGCCAUCCACAUGAGGAUGCACACAGGCGAGCGCCCCUACCCUUGCGACCUCUGCCCGAAGGCUUUCAAAGUGAAGAGUCGAUACAACGUCGUGACCACUAAUACCGACUGUAUCAAAACGGGACCGUCCGCCGCUUUCGAAAAGCGCAGCGACCCCGCAAGCCCUCUGCGUUUUUUCCACGCGCCAACAUGUGAAACUGGCCGGCAGGUGGAGCGAGACGACCACCGGCGCACGCACACCGGCGAGCGUCCCUUCGCCUGCAACGCCUGCCCCAAGACGUUCACGGCGGCCGCCCGGCUGCGCGAGCACGCGCGCAUUCACACCGACCAGAGGUUGCCCGUUGUAUUCGUA